CACGAUUUUCACAAAACCCUCAGCCUGUCUCCAUCCUCCUCCCCCCAGAACCGCCUUCGCCCUCCGGGUCCGCCCUCUUCGCCGCCAAUUGAGCAACUCCCAAGCCAGAUCAAGAUGCUCAGCCAACUGUCCCGGGCCUCUCGCGCUGUUGCUGCUCGCGCCGCCAGAGCAAAUGCCGUCCAGGUGAGGGGCUUCAUUGCCCCGACCGUCUCCCGACGAGCCGACUUUGUCCAGGAGCUCUACCUCAAGGAGCUCAAGGCCUACAAGGUCCCCCCCGUCAAGGAGGCCGACGCCGAGGGCCAGGUCCAGGUUUUCACCAUGCCCAAGACUCCUGCCUCUCCCGAGGAGGCCAACCUCGCCGAUAGCCUGAAGACCUACGAGUCCAUGGCCGUUGAGAUCGAGGGCCAGGAUCCUUCCGCUCAGUCUGCCACCGGUGUUGCUCAGCUGCCCGACUGGCUCGAGGCUGAGGAAGAGGAGGAGCCCCACCACUAAAAAACGAAUCGCCCUUUUUUCUAAAAAUUAAAACCAUGGAGGGAAUUCCCUGUUACUAGAAGCACAUGGGAAUCAGGAAGGAGGAAAACGAGGAGAGGAGCUAGAUCGUCAAUGCGGAAGCUUACUUGACGUUUAGCGGUUUAUGCUAUAAAGGAAGAGUUAGAGGAUGAAGACAAGAGAAGAGCCAAAGAGGAGGCAGUUGGGCAUACCGGACGA